CAAGAUAAGUGAGAGAGAGUGAUCGAGGGAUCAAAGCACCUCCUCUCCAUUUCAUCUCAUAUUUAUGCAACGGCUAGAAAUUCAAUGCCAAGAUGUGGUAAUAGUAAGACUUCUGCCGUUAUUUCGCAACUGUAGGAACUGGAUUGCUUCUGGUUAUGCGAGAUUUUGCCGUUGUUCUCUGUAACAACUGGAUUCUUGUUCUUGGGUCAUUUCUCUUUUUCUCUUUAUUUUUCCAGAACUGAUUAUAUUCCUUCAUGGGUGUGAGAGGAGAGUCUUUUCUUUGAGCUAGUCCCCAGUGGUUCUGAGUCCUUCAAGUUGUCGUUUCUCUCUUCGUAAAAAUGGAAGGGUUGUUUAAUACAUUUGUGCCUCAGAGAUGCUUGCAGACGCUGAAUUUUGCUCAAAAAAGAGUUCAGAAGCUUCCAAUAACGAAAUUGGGAUAUGGGCUUUCUUAUAGGAAACUCGAGCUGGGUUUUCUCGGAAGGAAUUGCAGAAACAUAGGAUGGAAUGUUUCGGUUGGUGUUAAAAGUGUAGAGGAGGAUCAGCAAGAGCAUGACAUGGACUGGGAGUUGGAAUUUCUUGGGGAGCUCGAUCCAUUAGGGUUCCAGCCCCCUAAGAAGAGAAACCGUCAAAAGUCGAAAUUGCUCGAUGAUACCGAAGGGAUGGAUUGGUGUGCGAGGGCAAGGAAGGUUGCAUUGAAAUCCAUUGAGGCACGUGGCUUGACUCAUACCAUGGAAGAUUUAAUUACUGCUAAUAAUAAGAAGAACAAGAACAAGAACAAGCGGAGCAACACAGAGAAGAUCAGUACUAGAAGCAAGAUAACAGAAGAAUAUUCAGAUGAAGAAUUUGAUAUGGAGGAUAUGGACCCUGCAGAUGGUACCGGCCACCUUAGAAGGACAGUGAGUAUGCUUGCAGGUGGUAUGUUCGAAGAAAGGAAGGAGAAAGCAAGGGAUGCUUUUGUGCAAAGGCUCUCCCAGUUCUCUGGACCCUCUGAUAGGAAGAAAGAAGUAACCUUGAAUAAAGCAAUUAUAGAAGCACAGACUGCAGAAGAAGUACUGGAAGUAUCUACUGAGACAAUCUUAGCAGUGGGGAAAGGAUUGAACCCAUCCCCUCUCACCCCUUUGAACAUUGCAACUGCCCUUCACCGAAUUGCUAAAAACAUGGAGAACGUCUGUAUGAUAAGAAGUCAUAGGUUGGCAUUUGCUCGUCAAAGAGAGAUGUCUAUGCUUGUGGCCAUCGCGAUGGCAGCAUUACCCGAAUGCUCUGCUCAGGGUAUCUCCAAUAUUGCCUGGGCAUUGUCAAAGAUAGGGGGUGAGCUACUAUAUAUGUCAGAAAUGGAUAGAGUUGCAGAAGUGGCAGUAACCAAAGUUGAGGACUUCAAUUCACAAAAUGUUGCUAAUCUAGCAGGUGCAUUUGCUUCAAUGCAGCACUCUGCUUCAGAACUCUUUUCAGAAUUAUCCAGAAGGGCAUCAGAUAUAAUUCAUACUUUUUCCGAGCAAGAGCUUGCUCAGGUUUUGUGGGCCUUUGCUUCUCUUUAUGAGCCAGCAGACCUUUUAUUGAACUCCCUUGAUGAUGCUUUUGGAAAUGCAGCCAAUUUCAAAUACUUCUUGGAAGAAGAAAGAAGCCUGGAAAGCAUGGAGGAUCUUACCUUGGAGGAGUCUUUAGAUUCUCCUGUACUCAAUUUUACUAGGGAUCAACUUGGUAAUAUAGCAUGGUCGUAUGCUGUUCUUGGACAAAUGGAUAGGGUCUUCUUCUCCAAUUUGUGGAAGACUCUAAGCCAAUUUGAGGAGCAAAGGAUUUCAGAGCAGUAUAGGGAGGAUAUCAUGUUUGCUUCUCAGGUUCAUCUUGUGAACCAGUGUUUGAAGCUUGAAUACCCACAGCUUGACUUAUCUUUGAAGUCUAACCUGAAGGAGAAAAUUGUACAGAUUGGGAAAACUAAGAGGUUUAAUCAGAAAACAACUUCUUCAUUCCAAAAGGAAGUGGCUCGCCUUCUUGUCAGCACGGGCCUUGAUUGGGUUAGAGAAUAUGCUGUAGAUGGAUAUACCUUGGAUGCAGUCUUGGUUGAUCAAAAGGUUGCUCUGGAGAUUGAUGGACCGACUCACUUCUCACGGAAUUCUGGGACCCCCUUAGGUCACACCAUGCUGAAGCGCCAGUAUAUUACUGCUGCUGGUUGGAAAUUAGUGUCUUUGUCUUAUCAAGAAUGGGAGGAGCUUCAAGGUGAAUUCGAGCAGCUGAACUACUUAAGGAAAAUUCUUGAUGACCAUAUAGGCAAACACCAUCAAAAUGUUAUAUAAAUACAAAAUAUAGAGGAGGUAGAAGUAUUGAUAGUUGAUCCAAUGAAAUCAAGGAAUAUGUAGAGGGUCCAGCCACUAUAAUCAAAUUGCUACGUGAAAUGUGUUAGUCAUUGAAAGGAGUUGGUUAGAAAGGAGUAAAUUCUUUUACCCAAAUAUCUGAUUCAAAUAAUUAUUUGUUUCUUCUCAAGUCUCCUACUCUUGCUCAAAUAUUCAUUUCUUCAUUUAUUUCAAUGUAAUGUAUGGUUCUGGAA